AUGAAUGGUGCUUUCCACCAGAACAAAGAGCCAAAGCCUCCUCUCUUUGUCCUCUUCUUACUCCGGUCUCAACCAUCAGCAAACUUGCCGGGGAUGUACAAAGUGCAUGUUCCAUAAAAUUCCGAGAAGAAAAGGAGAAAAACCAUAUCCAGAAUCCAAAACGGUUGCAGGCACAACCGCCAUGACAACGUCAUCGACUUUGUCGACUUCAUCGGCCCUCCGACGAAGCUGUAUUUUCUGCCGGGCUCGUAAAACCCGGUGUUCCGGAGGCCACGUUUGCAGGGCCUGUCGAGAUCGGAAUAUUAAUUGCGUCUAUGGUCUAGAAGCUCGCAAGGGUCGGCCUAGGAAUGUUAGAAAGGGGGUUGCUGCAACCGGGCUUUCUUUGGAGGGAAGUGGCCGGAAACAUGACAAUGCACCUACCCCGCGCCAGGGCCAGGUGCUUGGGGGUGAAUUAGAGCAGAUGUUCGGCGAGUACUUCAUUCGCAAAUCGAGCUCGCGUUCGAACUUGUUUCAGAAUUCCAUCGCUUCUUUUCAGCGACACGCGCAGCAGCAGCAGCAGCAGCAGCAGCCACUUUCCUCCGGUCAACAGGAGAAGUCUCACUCCACGCUCAGCUACGAUGGGCUUCUAUCCUUCCUCGCCCACGAUAUGAUCGAGAUUUUGUCUCUGCGAGUCGGGCACUUAGGAUGUGAGCGUUUGUGUUCGUCCCAGGCGAAGUUCUAUAUCACCUCCCUGGGUACAGACACUACCCCUGCCAUGUUCGACCCGCCACGGGGGCUUAAGAAUCCCAUCAGCGCCCUGGGACAGCAUCGGGUAAUGCAGCUGGUUGAUGUAUGGUUUUUCAUGCAUCCUCUCUCGACAUUGGUGUCCAAAACUCUGGUUCUCAGCGCGAUCAGAGACGGGUCAGUGGAUGAGGCCCUCCUGGCUGUUAUGUUGGCGGAUGCAUGUGAGGUCUUUGACGGCGCCAACGUCGGAAUAAUGCCGUUUUGGAGUGAUGAUCAGGAUCCAACCACACUGGCCCAAUAUGCGGCCGAUCAGCUAAAAGGCCGCCUGCAUCUACUCACAGAGUCAGCCACCUUGUCAACAGCGCAAGCUAUGAUUCUCUUAGGUUGGCGAGAGCUAUCCCAGGGCCAUGCGCGGCGUGCAACUUGCUUUAUAGGAUAUACAUGUCGCAUCGUGGCGCGGCAGCAACAGCAGUUGCAGAAUCAUGACGGACAAGGCGGCACGAUGCUGAACGGGGUAAGUAUAGCUGAUGUCGAAAAAGAAAUCUUGCAGAAUAUCUACUGGCUCUGUCUGUCUAGCACCACCUGGUCGUUCAUGCAAAUCGACCAGCCCUUCUUGCUUCUUGGCCCCGAUGGUCUUCCUGGUUUUCCCAAUAUGGAUGAAAAUACAUCAGCCAUUCUCCGUCUUGACCAGGCCUCUGGUAACAUCUCCACGCUGCAUUCCCAGAUCCAGACGAUGCGCUGGAUGUGGCCGCUCAGUCAUGUUACCAGCACUGUUGCUCAUAUCUACACGCUUCAUUUGAAUACGCUGAAAAAGGACCGUAAGAUCGAGACUGCCAAUUCAUCUGCACUCUCGUUGGAAAUCCGGGGUAUUCUCAAUCAGGCCAUCAGGCUGGUGGAGCGGGAGGUUACCAACCCCGGAUUACAGUCAUUUUUAUUGACUGCGUAUCACACCAUCAUCAUUCAUAUGGUGCUGUCUCCGGGACAGAUUACAUGUUCCACAGUGGUCGAUUUUUGCGAGUCCGCAUCGGCUCUACUGGGCGUUGCCCAGCGCUUUCCAUCUACGCCGCCAAUUGGCUUGGUGCCAAUCCAGCGAACAUAUAGUACGAACACACUAGCUCUGGCACUUGACGCCUGCAGCCGCGCGCUGGUGCACAUCUAUAGGGAAUACAUAGACGCCACGGACCAGAUACGGGAUAAACUCGCCGGUCUUGCGGAACAACUGCGCGAAGUGUGCAAGGCGGAUUCCAUGUCACAGUGUAUACCGAUUAUACGACCUGUCAAAAAAAGGCUCAAGCACGUACGAUUGGCUUGCAAGCCCCUUGGUGAUUCUUCCGCGUCGUCGUUAUCACUGGAUGAAGAUCUGAACUUUUCUCUCAACUCUGUCUCUUGGUCUGACCUGAUAAAUCCGGUCUCAGGAGACGAACCAGCGCAAUUCGAUUUUGCUGAUCCGGGCUUUUUUGUUGAUGAUCCAGCCUGGGGUUCCUUGCUAGGGUUUCCAGGCUUUACCCAGAUGGGUACUGGCAUAUCAACACCGGCAGAUGGCUUCUCUCUGACGGGUAAUAACAACAACAGCAAUUUUCCUGGUCAGGACCUUGUUACAUACGGUUUCAAUAAGACCCUACUGCAUAAUGAUGCAGAGACUGACCAUAUGGCGUAAAAUGACAGAAUAAGUUAUAAGUUACACUCAAUCCGUAAAAUCUAUUCCAAUCCAGAGUCAAAUCAAGUAGUAAUACUAACAACCCUCCCACUCCCACUACCACCUCCCUUCCACUCCCCCCUAACCAACCUUUCAAAAACCCACCUCCCCACAUCCUCCCUCGCAAUCGCAUACCCCACAGCCGGAUCCUCUUCAACUCCAACCUUAACCUUUCCCAACCCAUCCCCCUCCCCAUCAGUCAACAAACUCGGCCGCACAAUUAUAUAUUCCCCAAUCCCACGCUUUUCAACAGCCGUAGCCAUCUCAUCCCUAAUCAAUGU